AUGCAUGUCAUAGUUGCAGGCACAGGGCCGUCUGGCCUCGCCCUCGCGCUCAUUCUGGCCAAAAGAGAUAUCAAAGUAUCUCUCCUCGAUGCCGCGGCCAAGCUUGAUGAUCGUCCCCGUGCAGCACAUUACGCACCUCCAGCAAUCCGAGUCUUGCGCGAGGCUGGCGUCCUAGAAGAUGUACGAAAAGCCGGCUUCAUCCCGGGCAACUUCACGUGGCGCAAGCUCGACGGGUCCCUUAUCGCUGCAAUUAGGGAUACGCCCGAGUCUCGAGGUGAGGACGGACUGACGGUCCUCCCCCUUGACCGGCUCGGUAAGGUCCUUCUCAGCCAUGCUGAGAAGAAUUCGAAUAUCACGAUCAAGUGGAAUCAUAAGGUCGUUGACAUCGGCCAGGACGAGACAUCCGCUUGGGCCGUUGUCCGUCUUCAAGAUGGCACCGAGUUAACAGUCAAAGGCGACUAUGUUUGUGGCUGCGACGGAGCAAAUAGUCAAGUUCGGAAAUCACUCUUUGGGGAGACCUUCCCUGGGAAGACGUGGGAUGCUCAAGUCAUCGCAACGAAUGUCUACUACCCCCUAGAGAAAUUCGGCUUCGACGACAUAAACAACAUCAUCCACCCAACAGACUACUACAUGGCCGCCAAAAUCACAAACGAAGGCUUAUGGCGUGUCUCCUACGGCGAAGAUCCUAGCCUCACCCCCGAGCAAGUGAUCGCCAACCAGCCCGCAAAAUACGAGCGCAUGUUGCCCGGCAAUCCUAAGCCAGGAGAUUAUAAGCUUCUGAACGUAGGUCCGUACCGGAUUCACCAGCGCUGUGCAGAUAAGAUGCGCGUUGGUCGUAUUUUAUUGGCUGCUGAUGCGGCGCAUUUGUGCAACCCCUUUGGAGGAAUGGGGCUUACGGGUGGUCUUGUGGAUGUUGGUGGCCUUGCGCAGUGUUUGGGUGGGAUUAACGAAGGCCUGGCGGAUGACAGUAUUUUGGAGAAGUACUGCACAGAAAGAAGACGGAAAUGGAAGGAGGUGAUCGAUGUUGUCUCGAGUAGUAAUUUCACGCGCGUUUCGGCUACGGACCCCGAGAGGGCACAGGAUGAUGAUGAAUUCAUAGCCAUGGUCGUGAAGAUGGAGACUGAUGAGGAGUUGAGGAAGCAGUGGGAUGACAGUCUCUACGACAUCGUCCAUGAUUUUACUCAGUAUUACCGAACUGCCCCAGGCAAUAAUAAUCCGAAACUAUAG